UGUAAAUAUGGGCUGCUGAUUUGACACCAGUAUGAGCUACACUGCUCUUCUAGGAGAAGUCGGAAUGGAGAUGGAUGAUUACAACCGGAUUAUACAGUUCGAUUGGAAUCAAGGAAAAUCUUCUGAUGUGGAACCGACAGUGGAAGAAAUAAUAAUGAUGAGAAUGUGAAAUGAUAAUACCGACUUCAUCAAUCCGCAAUGAGCUCACAUAAUCUUUUCAGAAUUCAAAUAAAUUUAUGUUUCUUAAUACAAAAUACUUGCUUAAAACGAAGAAGACUCGAAAGAGUGAAGAUACAGAUAAAAUUUAUUUACAUAAUACUCCUUCGGACUCAAACUAUGAGAUUGGACUCUUUGCUCCACCAGUGAUUGACCAAAUCUGGUGAAUCUUACUUAGCCUAAAUAUUCCUUAUGACGAAAAUGAUCCUGAUAAAACUAUCUAUGAAGGAUUUUGAGAAGAGAUUUUUGGUACAAGACUAGAUAGGCCAGUUAUCCAAGAAGACUACCUACCUCCAGAUCUUAAGAUCAAGCAUACAUAUAGCCUGACUCUGAAAUAUCUGAAAUGCUUUGAGUUGUCUCUAAAUCCUUUCCCCCUAGUCUGGCCUCAUUAUGAGGAUGCUAGUUAUAUUGUUGACAUAAAAUCAACUGUCUAUGUCCCAGUAUCUGAGAAAUAUACCAUUGUUGAUCAAUGCAUAUCAAAAUGUUGCAUUGCGACUAAAUCUCUUUGCUACAGUUCCAUUGGAUUGACAGCGAAUAACAUAAUCGAUUCUUACUCAAACCAGAUCAGGCUCGAACCAUCAAAUGAAAACUACGUGAGAGAGUACAUGAGGAAGAAAAAGAACUAUAUUAAAAACGAAGCCCCUGUUGGCUUCCCAGACCUUAGUAAAGUCAAAGUUGAUAACUUCUGGAAAUAAAGUCAACACUCAUAUUUAUGGAAAAGAAACUCUUGUUAAAAGACUUUCUCAAAAAUAUGGUCUUGAGUAUAACACAGCAGAAACAUGGAUCUUUGAGUUUAAAAAGUUCUUCACCCUCAAACUUCUAGAAGCUGAAUUCGAAGCCGACUGGGAGUUACUCCAAUGCAGUAUUGUCGAGUGCGUCUGGUCUACAUAUAUUGAGUUAGGAGUGAUCUACAGAAAGUUCUCCCAUGCUCUAUUUCCAGAUAGGGUUAUAUACCCAAAACAGAUAAUCUUCGCUAAGGAAGAGAGUUAUAAAAGUACAUUAAAGAUAUAUACAUUCGUCUUCGGAGUGGUCUCAUACUCCAAUCAUUGGGAAUCUAUCAGCCAGAGAUUCGGACAUCUUGAGGGAACAAUGACUCAAACAGUUCCAGAGCUCACUACUCAAGAUCUUGAAAUAAUCUAUGAUGAUUUUUGAAAACGAAUUCCUAUCAACUUUUUCAGACUUUGCUUCAUAAUCUCACUAAGAAGUUCUGUAAAGAAUGCUAUAAUUCCAGAAAUUAUCAUAUGUAAAAAGUUAAAAGGAACGAAUUUUGAAGGUGAUUACCAACUUGUAAGCCAAGAAAGAGAGGAGGCUCUCAAAGAGUCCAAGAGUUUCCUCUGGAGAGAGAAUUACCCUCACUGCACUAAUAUCUAUUUCAAGCACCUUAUUAUUUACAGCGACAGGAAGAAUAUAGAAAUCCCUGAAUACGGAUGUUGUCAUGAAGAAAUACCAGAUGCAUUUUCAAGGGGUGGGAUCUUUUUCUUCCCGAAUCCUUUUGAUAAACUUUUCUUUAACACAAAUAAGCCUAUUACUGAAAUCAUAGAAGAUGAAUUUGAUACGAACAAGAAGGUUAUUUACAACUACAAUAUUGAUACUAUCUCAGACAUAAUCCUUAAAGAGUCUAACGCAGUGUCAGAAUUGUAUAUCGAGAAUACAAGAGAAUAAAUGUUGGUACAUCAUUUCUUAAGAUCUAUA